AUGCUGAUGCGCGACACACACACGCAGGCCGACUCCCUCACCGAAGAGCAGGUCUCAGAGUUCCGUGAAGCCUUCUCUCUCUUCGACAAAGAUGGCGAUGGACAAAUCACAACCAAAGAGCUGGGCACCGUAAUGCGCUCCCUCGGCCAGAACCCCUCCGAGUCCGAACUGCAAGACAUGAUCAACGAGGUCGACGCUGACAACAACGGCACCAUUGACUUUCCUGAAUUCCUCACAAUGAUGGCCCGCAAAAUGAAAGACACCGACAGCGAAGAAGAAAUCCGCGAGGCCUUCAAAGUCUUUGACCGCGACAACAACGGCUUCAUCUCCGCCGCCGAGCUGCGCCACGUCAUGACAUCCAUCGGGGAGAAGCUCACAGACGACGAAGUGGAUGAGAUGAUUCGCGAAGCAGACCAGGACGGCGAUGGGCGAAUCGAUUACAACGAGUUUGUGCAGUUGAUGAUGCAGAAGUAG